CCAUCACCCAGAUCCUUACUACUCAACCAAGCGCACCCAUUCCCUCCGACCUGUACGACAUCUCAAUGGUCACCUCACCGCUGCUGCUGCCUCCCUCCCUCGCCUCUCUGGCAAAUCUGGAGGCAAUUCUCACAUUCUUGACGCCCUCACCUGCAUGGACCCCUUUCUGGUAUAGCCUGUACGACGGCGGGGGUGCCGUGGCCCUGUUGUGGGUCCAGGUCUAUCUUCUCAGCCCGCGGCGCACCGAGAUCGCCUUCGAGCUGGCCGGCUUAAUCACCAUCCAUCUCACUCGGAUCCUGACAGUGGCCUGGUUUGCUUGCUACCGGAAUGAUGAUGGGUGGACUGAGGCGGCGGUGACCCGGUGUCUGGGAAUGGUUAUCGUGCUGGGGUUGGAUUGGAUUACUAUUCGUCGAAUUUAUUGGCGGCAGCCUGCUCAGGAAAGGAGAUCUGAUACGCUCCCGUCCGUUGGAGAGCAUAAGUAGAGAUUGAAUCUCCAGCAACUUGGCAGAUGAGGUGCAGACAAGGGGAUAUCUUACCGGUGUUGUUCGUUGGUGUUUUCAUUCGAAUGAAAGGGUUGCUGUUUAAUAUAGGGCCAAUGAACUGAUUGUGCUG